AUGCCGCCCAAGCGUGUCUGUCUGUCCAGUUGCAAGCGGCUGCCGACGCGACGUGCAGAGAAUCCGGCCUGCCCCGCGCAGCUAGGGCGGCGGGCCUGGCCCGGGAUAGGGCGAGUCCCGGGGAAAGGGGCGGGUGCAGGGUCUCCGGCCGAAUCCCCGCGCCAGAGCCACCGGGCAUGGGGGGCACCCCGACUCUCCGAGGGGACGCGGGGACCUCAGGACUUUAAGCCCCAGGCAGUUUGGGGCGCCCCGGCGCCCUGGAGAUGCCCGGCUACCCUGGGCGCAGAGGACAGCGGGCUCGCCCCCGACCCGGGCCCGCAGGUGGAUGGUCGAGUGCUGUCCCAGCUCAGACGGGCUUCCCCGCCACCUUCCGGACAAAGUGUCAAGUACAAGUUCAAGUUCAGGGCCAGGCCUGGGGGGGCGCCGAGCCUUCCCCGGUCGCCUUUGUUCUCCGAGAAAACCGCUCCCACGUCCCCUCCCAGGCGGGGCCCGGCAGAAUACCCCCGCCCCGCCCCACCGCGCCCCGCAGGAGCCGCCUUCUCCCGCCGGCGCGGCGCCUGUCCCCGGGUCCCGGCGCCCCUGCUCGGGGCCACCGAAGGGUCUAGGGGCUCGGGGCGGGGGGAGGCGCGAUCAGAGCCCGUGGGAGCCUCCCCAGCCCCGCAGUCCCAGCGGCAAACUGCGCUCGGUCGGACGGAUGCCCGCGCUGAGUUGACAGAGGCCAGCACUGUGGUGUAGCAGGUAAAGCCACCAUCUGCCCUGCCAGCAUCUCAUAUGGGCACCAGUUCGAGUCCCGGCUGCGCCACUUC